CUUAAUAUUGGAUAAUUAUAGUUAUUUAUUCUUCCACCUUACCCAUUGUAACUCAAUGGCAUCAGCUUCCACACUUAUUGUAUUAUUGUUCUUCCUUUCCAUGCUACUCAUAAUGCCAUUGACUUCACAAGAAAAAGACAAUGAGAAUUUUGAUGAAUGGAUAUCUUUGAAUGUGAAACACUACAAUAGUAGAAAGAGAGAAACAAGUUUGAAAUGGAUGCAAGAAUCAAUUAAACACAAAAAACAACAUGUUCCUCCAGCUCCUGUUAGCAGCAGCUUAGAUCCAAAACUUAUAUACGCAGAGAUGAACAAAAUGAUAAUCAGUGUGAGUCAAGAUGGAAGUGGCAAUUUCAACACUAUCAAGGAAGCUCUUGCUAGCAUUCCACUCUAUAACAAGCGCAGGGUCAUACUUGACAUCAAACCCGGAGUUUAUAGGGAAAAGAUUAACAUUCCAAGAAGUUUGCCGUUUGUGACAUUUCGGGGCGAUAGUACCAAUCCUCCACGGAUUACAGGAAAUGACACAGCUUCAGCUACUGGAACCGGUGGUACGCCUUUAAAGACAUUCCAAAGUGCUACUGUUUCCGUCGAUGCCGAUUAUUUUAUCGCCAUAAAUGUCAUUUUUGAGAAUACAGCACCCCAUGUGGUUGGAACGGCAGGAGAACAAGCAGUGGCAUUAAGAAUAUCAGGGAACAAAGCAGCAUUUUACAACUGCAGUUUCUACGGAAGCCAAGACACACUUUAUGAUCACAAGGGACUUCACUAUUUCAACAAUUGCUUCAUUCAAGGCUCUGUUGAUUUCAUUUUUGGCUAUGGUAGAUCCCUAUAUGAGAACUGCCAGUUGAACUCAGUGGCAAAGAAAGUAGCGUCCCUGACAGCCCAAAAACGUACAAAUUCGUCGAUAUUAAGUGGAUUCUCGUUCAAGAACAGCACUAUAACAGGGACAGGAUCAGUUUAUUUAGGCAGAGCGUGGGGUGAUUAUUCUAGAGUGAUUUUCUCUUACACUUACAUGGAUAACAUUGUUCUUCCACUAGGAUGGAAUGAUUGGGGAAAAACAAUUAGAGACUCGAGAGUGUAUUAUGGGGAGUACAGGUGCAGUGGACCAGGAGCCAACAUGACAGGAAGAGUUCCGUGGGCACGAAUACUCAACGAUGAAGAGGCCAUGCCUUUUAUUGAGACCUAUUAUGUUGAUGGCAAUUCUUGGCUUAUACAUCCCUAUUAGUUCCAACU